AUGCAGGUCAGCCCAGAGGUGGGGCUUGUGGAAUCAGCCCAGAACCAGCCUGUCACCCUGACACAAGCUUCACUCAACUGGGGGGGCCCAGAAGUUCCAUCUGCUGUGAAUGGGCAUCCUGCACCCAUCUACCUGGUGUCAUCUGUGACAGAGACAUGGGUUUGUGGGGAGAGUGCUCCGGCCACCACCCGGAAUCAGGCAACACCUGACACCUCCAGCAGCCCCAGGAGUGUCUAUGAGAACUUUCGGCGCUGGCAGCGCUUCAAGGUCCUGACCCGGAGGUACCUUGCUCAGACUCCAGACACUGAGGCCGUUUCCUGCUUCCUCAUCCCGGUGCUGCGCACCCUGGCCCGCCUGAAGCCCACCAUGAGCCUGGAGGAAGGCCUGCGCCAGGCCCUGCGGGAAUGGGAGGGCACGAGCAAUUUUGACCGCAUGAUCUACUACAACAUGGCUGCCAAGUUCAUGGAGUUUGAGGCUGAGGAAGAGAUGGAAGCGCAGAAGCUGCAGUGGAUGAACGGAGUACAGGGCCAGCCAACCCCUGCCCCACCCAGGCCUGAGCCUCAGGGGGCUCCAGGCCCACCACUAGGCCAGUGGGCCCCACAAACCAAGGCCCCCAAGGAGAUCCCCCCUGAGACCGUGCAGGAGAACAUGGAUAUCAUGGACGAGCUGCUAAAGGCUCCCGACACAGUCUGCAGGGCGCCGCUUGGCCUAAGGGCAGCAGGCAGGAAGGAGCAGCUGGAGGAAACCGGGACCUGCCCUGACGUGGGGCUCCUGAGCUAUGUGUAUGAGCUGUGCUCCCAGGAGGCCUUUGUCACCAAGGUAGAGGCAGUCAUUCACCCCAGCUUCCUGACACACCUGCUCUCCCCAGAAUCCCAGCUGGAUCUCCUGGACCUGGCUGAGGAGCUCGAGGAGGAGGAAGGA